AUGGGUCCCUGGUACAAGAGACUGCGCGAAAACAAGAGCGUGCUGCUAUUCUUGAUUUCCAUGGCUUCCAUGCUUGACAUCAUCAACGUCGCCUCCAUCACCAUUGCCUUGCCCUCAAUCCUGCGCGAUGUGGGAUACGAUUCAAACAAUCUUCAAUGGUGUGUUUCGGCAUAUGCGCUCACAUAUGCAGCCUUCCUGUUGAUCGGAGGUCGUAUGGGUGAUCUCUUUGGCCAUAAACGUAUCUUUCUGCUGGGUACUUCAUGGUUCAGCGUCUGGGCUUUGAUCUGUGGUUUUGCCAGGAACCCAAUAUUCAUGUCCGUCGCCCGCGCCCUUGAAGGCGCUGGAGCAGGCUUCACCAUCCCAUCUGCUCUUGCACUGUUGACGACAAGCUACCCGCCCGGAGCGGAGCGUACCUUUGCGCUGUCCAUCUUUAGUGGCGCUGCCAUUACUGGUCAGACGAUCGGUGUUCUGCUCGGCGGAGUCUUUGACGCCACCAUCGGCUGGCAGUGGAUCUUUUUCUUGACUGCAAUCUUCUCCGCAGCCCUUUCUGUCGCAGGCUUCUUCAUUAUUACUGAGCACAAAGAAAAGCCCUCUAGACAAAUUGACAGCCGCAUCGAUUAUGGCGGUGCCUUCUGCUUCAUGGUCGGCAUCAUCGCAAUCAUCUACUACCUGACUGAAUCGACCACCGCGGGCUGGGGUUCCGCCAAGACCUUGGCCCCAUUCCUCGUCGGCGUUGCCUUAUUGAUCAGCUUCGUUGUGCUUGAGUACAAAAUCGACUAUCCAAUGAUGCCCUUUCAUAUCUGGAAGUCUCGUCGGUUCUUGUCAUCGAUCAUCGUCAUCAUCUGCCUCACAGCAACAUAUAACACCAUGAUCUUUUAUUCCUCACUGACUUUCCAGAACGUGCUGCACUACAACUCUCUCAUUACUGCGUGCUGUUAUAUUGUCCACGGCGUGGGUCUCAUCAUUGGACUCUACACUGUUACGAAGCUGUUCUCUUUCACACGGACGAAGGUCAUCAUGGCCUUUGGCUGGUGUUUCGUCAUCGGCAGCGCCAUCAUUUUUGCCCAAAUCAAGCCUGACUCUACCUACUGGCAAUACGCGUUCCCAGCAUUCAUUAUCAACUGUGUGGGGCUCUCACCUACGUGGAUGUGCUGCCAGGUCAAUGCUGUCGCGGAUGCCAAGGACGAGGAUCAAGGCAUCGUUGGCGCGUUUUUCAAUGUCGGUAUUCAGCUCGGCGCGCCCAUCGGCCUAGCGAUCGCGAAUAUCAUCGCAGAAGCCCACACGCCUGCUGGUGCUGUCGACGGCCAACUGAUGGAUGGUUACCGGCCAGCAUUCUAUGCAUACGCUGUCAUGGGUGGUGUAGGUCUGAUCAUGAUGCUGAUCUUUGCCGCGAACAGGGAUCCUCCGGAGUUUGCAGAGGUCGCGAGCGACACUGCAAAGGGACUUGAAGAGGUCAUACACCACAACCACGAAUAUAGCAACGACUUGGAGCGCAAUGGAGCCGGUGGCGACAUGAAAGAGGUGGAGGGCACAUCUGGGGAAAAGGCUGAAAUAGAAGAGAGGAUUGGAUACGGGGCAGGUCAAAGUGUCGACUCGACUGCGAGCUCGUCCUCUGUAUCCCUAGAUAUCCCUGCCGAGAAGGGAUCAGAGAAGAAAUAG